GCGCCGCUUCUGCAGAGGACGCGCAACGCUCCCAUCCUGCAGGUCUGACUUCUGCCAAAAUGAACGGCCUGGAUGAGGGCUACAACCUUUCGGUCGCUAAAACCUGCGACCUCGAGACUCCCGACCAUGCCCCGGGACGUCCGGACCUAAACCAGAGCGAGGCGACAGAGGCGACCCAGGAGAUGGCACACGCAGGUGAGCGCAACUUGGAGACCGCUGCGGAGGGAGGCGCGGGCCAGGCCCCCUCGGGCUGCAGCCCUGUUCUCCGCAUUCGAGUGGCUGGAAGUCGUGGUGAUGCAGCAACUACAGCAGGCCAGAAAGACGCUCCGCCUCCCACGGAGGGCCUGGAAACAGCCUCCGACUCCCCGUCGGUGGCAUCCGACAACAGCCAGGAAAAUGGCUGUCAGCGUAGAGAGGCGAGUGGCCUUGCUGGGGAGAAAUCUCAGGAAGCUUGUGGCGCGGAGGGGCUCGGGUCUCAGCUGUUGCCUGGGGCGAAAGCCAAGGAGGUCAUGACAAAGAAGUGCGCCAUCUCAGCGACGGCGGAAAAGGAGGGAGAAGCAGAGGAGGUGGCGGAGGAAAAGAAGAUGGUACAAAAGGAGAAAAAGGUGGUGGGAGGAGCGAAAGAGGAGACGCGGGCCCGGGCCGCGAAGGGCAAUAAUUGCAUGGACUCGCUGGAGGCCAUAGAUCAGGAGCUGUCAAACGUAAAUGCCCAGGCAGACAGGGCCUUCCUUCAGCUGGAGCGCAAGUUUGGCCGGAUGCGAAGGCUGCAUAUGCAGCGCAGAAGUUUCAUCAUCCAGAAUAUCCCAGGUUUCUGGGUCACUGCCUUUCGGAACCACCCUCAGCUGUCACCAAUGAUCAGUGGUCAAGAUGAAGACAUGAUGAGGUACAUGAUCAAUUUGGAGGUGGAGGAGCUUAAACACCCCAGGGCAGGCUGCAAAUUCAAGUUCAUCUUUCAGAGCAAUCCCUACUUCCGAAAUGAAGGGCUCGUCAAGGAAUAUGAGCGCAGAUCCUCUGGCCGCGUGGUGUCUCUUGCCACUCCAAUCCGCUGGCACCGGGGCCAAGACCCUCAAUCUCAUAUCCACAGGAACCGAGAAGGAAACACUAUCCCCAGUUUCUUCAACUGGUUCUCAGACCACAGCCUCCUAGAAUUUGACAGGAUUGCUGAGAUUAUCAAAGCAGAACUGUGGCCCAAUCCCUUACAAUAUUACCUGAUGGGUGAAGGGCCCCACAGAGGAAUUCGAGACCCAGCAAGGCAGCCAGUGGAGAGCCCGAGGUCCUUCAGGUUCCAGUCUGGCUAACUUCCAACCUGUGGAAAGCGCCUGCACUACUUUCCUUACCACCUCCUCUUGGAUUCUGUGCUUAGCCAACAGCAUGAAAUCUUCCAUCUGCUUUCUCUUCACACUGGAUCAUGUUGUUGAUUCUUCUAAAUCUUCAAUCAGUUGCAAGAUUGUCACUUAUGUGUCUAUGCUCUUCUUCCUCUGGGCCUUUGUGCUGUCCUGCAAAGUGUUGUGUCCCAAGUGCAUGGUUUUUCACUGCUUCGUGCCAAGCACCUGAUUCUGUAGAUACAGACUAACUCCCUUUGCAUGCCUUGAGCCCUGUCUGUGACAAUGGUCUUUUCCCAGGUUUUUAAGCGGUUACCUACCACAAAGAAACUUGAUGUAUAUCUUUGCAAAUAACUAGCUGGGCUUCAUACUUAAAGCUGGCUGUGCUCCUGAUACCCUAUACUCUGUGGCAAGAUCUUUGGUUUUCACCAUUGGAAGAUGAAACUGAUGUAGAUGAUGCCAGCUACCAACCCAAACUGAACAUUCCAGGCUACCACUAACUGGUUUCUAGCUGCUUUCCUGGGCCUAUGCCAUCCAGCCUGCUGGUUAUCUGCCAGAAUAAGCAGGUGUCUGGUGGGUGGCUUCUAGGCCUGAAUGAGGUAGCAGAUGAGAGAUAUACAGUGUCAUAUCGAUCUUAUGCCUUUGGUCACUGCAUUGUGACCACGUACAGGUGGGUAUGGAAGCCUGUGCUGUGGCCUACCCAAACUGGUUUUCAGUCUUUUGACUGAGCCUUGCCUGGGUGCCACUGCUUGCUUCCUCAGGAACUAUCUGUGGACUUAAGCACCCAGGCAGCACACAACCUCUGCCCUUCUCCACAAUGUUACCUAUAAACCCAAUUGGCUGUCAAGGAGGUCAGGCAGUCAUACGCCCCAGGGCCCAAAUCAAGGCUGGAAUGGAGAUCCUUCCAACAGCCUUUCGCAGUCUUAGCUAAUAAUUUGCCCUUAAUCCAGACAACUUUGUUAAACAUCCCCUUCCUAACCCCUCCUAUAACUGUUCUGAAGGUAACGAAGUUGCCAGGGUUCGGGCACCUAGGAAGAUGUAUUUCUCUCUCCUGCUCCCUCUCCCUCUCUCUCCUGCCCUCAGAAGCAGUUACAGUUCAGAAACAAACAGAACUGGCAAAGCAGCUUUUUUGUUUAGCUUGGUGUCCCCUGGUGUUCAGAGGGAGAAAGCUACUGUAUAAUAGAUUGUCCAGACCUCACUGCCGUCUGCUCUCAUGCCUCCGCUCCACAUUCUUUAGCAAGGUCAGACCUAUAGGUAAGUUAAUUAUGGGCAGUGUUCUUUUAGGUCAACUUUGACAACCCCUCCCUUCCCCCCCUAUCUAAAUUUACCAAAACCUCCUGUGUGUUUUUUGAGCUUUAGUUUGAGAAGCUGGGAGGAGAGACCGAAGGGCUGGCUUCACAGUGCUGGGUUCAAGAGAGACUCAGCAGGUUGUGAUUUAAAGCGACCAAGUUAGCUCGACUCUACUUCUCUGAAGAUGGAAUUUUUUUUUUCCUUUUUUUUUUGGUGGGGGUUGGAGUGGGCCUUGGACCACUUACCAUCCCAUGGCAGCAUAACCCUUGUCUUCUGUACUAUUUUAUUGUCGCCCUGAUGUCCCAAAGGCCUCCCUCCUGCCUGGCCCUUGGCUGUCAGUCCGCAGCUUCCCCAUUUCAUUCUCUGCUUCUGUCCUAACAAAAGAGGGAGCAGGCCACUGCCUGCAUUGUGGCAGAUGUCAAGCCUUCCUCCUAGGGGCUAGGGAGAUUUGUGGCCAGAGUCUGUCUAGAUUUUCAGACCAAGUUCCGGUAGGUGGGACAACAGGGCUGCCUUAUGGAGGAGUAUGAUGGUGCUGAUGACAUUCACCAUUAUCCUUUCUUCUGUCUUUUUGGAGGCUUUGCCCUAAGUUCCCCAGGGCUUCUGAAGUCUGGACACAGAGCAUGGGAGGGUGCUCUGGGCUGGAGAAACUGAAACCUGGAAACAAAUGUCUUGGAAAGGCCCUCGGGGAAAACUGGAACCCUGCAGGGUUGUGGGUGGGGGGGAGGAGGGGCGUGCCCAGGACUCUUCCCAGGGGAAGUGAGAGAAUCCAGUUGAUGUUUUAAGAGGACACUUGGAAGAGGGGUUUUCCCCCAAUUUUCCCUGUAUCUUUUAAUUCACCAGAUUUUUAUAUCAAACAUGCAGGUCUAGAUGUUUUUUAUUAUUCUAGGAGUGACCUUUUAUAUCUGGAAGAUUGAUGGUACCCGCUUACUUCAUUAUGAGUAAAAUCCUAUUCAUUCCUUUCUCCAUUUUUGCUUGCUGGCAAAAUUUACAUUUACAGGCCUGCUUUUGCUUGUAAUUGAGAAUGUGUGUAAAAAUAUCAAACUUGUUUCCUGUGCAGUAUGAAGACUUCUGUGAAUAUUAAUAUAUCAGCUUGUUCUGGUCUCUUUUCAUAUAUAGCUCUAUCCUUAGAAAUAUAAUUUGAACAAUGUAAUCUAUGAAGAGCCUGAAAUUUUGCAAAUGUUGCUGUCUUGUGGAAGUAAUCUCAAGAAAAACAUAAUUGUCUUAUAUUUCUUGCCCUAGAAGUAAUGUGGUACUUGAGACUUUGUUCCUACUCAGUGUAAGUAUCUGUAGAAUUGCUGUCACACUAAACAAGGACCUUUAGUACUUUUGUCUUCUAUGUGCUUGAAGGAAAAAUAAAAUCUGCCACUCUGAUGUAGUUCUUGUUUUCACCAAAAUAAAAAUUAAUAAAGUUC